GUUACGAGCCACAUUAAGGUGUCUAUGCGCUACUUUCGAUUUGUUUCGCGUUGGUUUUUGGAUUUAGUGUAACAGGUGCCUUAUGGAUAUACAUUUGUACAAUGUGAACAAUUUAAUUAUUGUGUUAGUGAUUCGAUAAUGAGUUCUCAGAUAAAAUUGGAAAAAGUACUAGGAGUCACAGUUCCUAGUAAUGCUGCUCUUGGAACUGACAAUAAUGGCAUUAUUGCCUAUCCUGCUGGAUGCACAGUGGUGCUGUUCAAUACAAAAACGGAACAACAAAAUCAUAUAAUCAAUAGCAGCCGGAAAACUGUAACAUCGCUUGCGUAUUCGUCUUGUGGAAGGUAUAUUGUUACAGGUGAAUCCGGUCAUCAGCCAGCAGUACGAGUAUGGGACCUACAAUCGGACCCACAAUCAGUCCAACCGGGACUUGCCCCACAACCACAACAAGUAGCCGAAUUUGUGGGGCACAAAUACGGAGUCAAUUGUGUGGCGUUUUCACCAACAAACAAAUACGUAGUCAGCGUAGGUACCCAACAUGACAUGAUAGUCAAUCUAUGGGACUGGAAAAGUAAUAUAAAAGUUGCUAGUAAUAAAGUGAGUACCAAAGUAAAAGCGAUAGCGUUUUCGGAAAACGGCAACUAUUUCGUUACUGUUGGUAAUAGACAUGUCAAAUUUUGGUUUUUGGAAACAGGAAAAAAUAAGUACAAAGAAGCGGUACCCUUGAUGGGCAGGUCGGCCAUUCUAGGCGAACAAAGAAACAAUUAUUUCUGUGAUGUAGCGUGUGGCAAAGGAGAAUGUGGAGAUAGUACGUAUGCGAUAACUAGGUCAGGAUUGCUGUGUGAAUUUAAUAAUAGAAGACUAUUAGAUAAGUGGGUAGAAUUAAGGACAACCAGUGCCAAUUGUAUAACGGUAGGACAAAAACAUAUAUUUGUAGGAUGCGCAGAAGGAAUUGUUCGGUGCUUUGACCCAACUACCCUCAGAUUUAUCACCACAUUGCCUCGAUGUCAUUAUUUAGGAGUUGAUGUAGCACUUGGUACAAAUAUACAGCAUAUGGCAUCUCCACCUCCAGACGCCAAAUACCCGGAUACUGUAGCAAUCACCUUUGACGAAACUAACAAUAAACUAACGGCAGUCUAUAAUGACCAUUCGAUUUAUAUUUGGGAUGUUUUCAACAUAAGAAGAGUGGGAAAAUCUUGUUCGUUUCUCUAUCAUUCCGCGUGCAUUUGGGGUGUUGAAAUGCCUCCACCCAAUUGCCCUCUACCUCCUGGAAGUUUCCUUACUUGUAGUUCAGAUGAUACCAUACGAAUGUGGACAUUGGAUAAGCUUAAUGAAAAAAGUAAAGGGAAUUACCAGCAAAAUAUUUAUAGUAAUGAGCUUCUUAAAAUUGUCUACGUAGACAGGGAUCUAUCAUAUAUUAAAGACUUGGAUAUAUCAGGAACAGUUAGCAAUGAAAAACAAACAGAUCAGACAUCAUAUGAUGGUAAAAAUGGAGUUAGAUGUUUGAGGAUUAGUCCCGAUGGUAAACAUUUGGCUAGCGGUGAUAGAUCUGGCAAUAUAAGAAUCCACGACACUGCCCAAAUGAACGAGCAACUGAAAAUCGAAGCCCACGACAGUGAAGUUUUAUGUCUAGAAUAUUCCCCUAGCGAUUCUAUGCAUAACAUGUUGGCCAGCGCUAGCAGGGACCGGUUAAUACACGUCUUUGAUACGAAACAUAGAUAUAGCUUUGUUCAAACCUUAGAUGAUCAUUCCUCAAGUAUAACAGCAGUCAGAUUUCUAAACCAUUCAAAUAAUCUUCAAAUGGUAUCCUGCGGGGCGGAUAAAAGUUUAUUAUUCAGGUCUUUAGGAGAGUUUAAUAACAAAGCUCAGUUUGUGAGAGAUUAUAACGCCACUGGAAAGACGACACUUUACGAUAUGGAAGUGGAUACUGGCCAAAAGCACGUUUUGACAGCAUGUCAGGAUAGAAAUGUGCGCGUUUACAGCGUCACUACUGGAAAACAUACAAAGACGUUUAAAGGAAGUACAGGCGAUGAUGGAUCACUGAUAAAGGUUGUCUUGGAUAGAUCAGGCAUCUAUUUAGCCACCUCGUGUACAGACAAAAGCCUAGCAGUGUACGAUUAUUACUCAGGCGAAUGCAUGGCAACGAUGUGCGGGCACAGCGAGUUGGCAACAGGGCUGAGAUUCACUACAGAUUGUAGGCGAUUGAUCAGUGCAAGUGGCGAUGGAUGUAUUUUCGUAUGGCGAAUACCGCACGAUAUGGUUAUUACCAUGCAAGCCAGGCUGAGUCAGCAAGCGAUGCGACAAGGAAAGACGUUGGAAGCGGAAUUGUUCAAUGAUAGCACGAAUUUCGAUUUGUAUGAAGGCAAUACUAAUGUAGAUACCAAGUACCGGUUUAGUAUUGGUCAGUUACCUCAAUGGGCGAAAAAACAGCUAACGGAAGAAUCUAGUCAAUUGCCGAGCCUUAAUAAGGGCGUAUCGGCACCAAAAGGACGUUGGGCCCAGCGAGCUGAAACUACCAUGGGGGUUCAAUCCUUUUAUAGUAAUCAACCGUUGCAGUUUCCUGUUAUGGAUAAGAGAUUUGAUUCGGACGGAUCCAAGGACAGUUCUCUGGACAGCGGAGCUGAUUUGAAAUUGUAUCAGGAGAUUAAGAAGGAAUCCAUGACGACAGCAGCUAUAAAACUAUCACAAAAUAUAACUAUAAGAGACCAUAGGAGAGGGGUAAUGACUGAUGACAGCGCCAUCGGCGACGCAGAAUCGACUGCGCACGAUGGCGAUUUGGAUAGUGAUAGCGAAUACAGGCAUCGCCUUUUAUACUAUCCAAACUUAGCUGACUCGCCUACCGGUAACGAAUUUACCGUCACAAAUAUCGAUGCUGAUGAGCUUAGAAAAUCUCAGCGCAAAAAGAAAACACCUCAAAUAGUGAUACAACAACCGACAACUGGAACUUAUGAUUCGGAUGAUGAUGACGAUGAUGCCUCAACUCCAAGCGGAGAAAAUACAGACAGAAAUCCAAUGUCAUUGUUCUCUGUGAGUUCCGAAUCGUUGGAUCAGCUAGUCAAUAGAGAAAGGUAUCUUCAGUCGACGUUUGAGAGUAUGUCUGGAGCUGAAAUGGAACAUCACACUCCUAGCAAUAAAUCGUCGUUUUCUUCUAAAUUUCUCACAAACAGUGCCAGCAGGAAUAUGGAAGCAAUCAAUGCUGUUCAACUGACACGUAGUAAUCCUGAAGCGAUGAAGAAACGUCAAGAGCUGAGCAAAAGGAUAGCUGAGACAAAGAAGAAGUUGGAAAGUGUUGGCCACGUUAGUCCCUUAAAAUACAGUCAGUCAAUACACGAUUUAAGCCAUAUACCAGAAAGAGACAAAUGGUCAAAAAAACAAGAUUGUAGCGUUGUUAACCCGCCGACUAACAACAGCACCACCGCAGCAAGCGCCUGCGCAUGCACCGUCGACACUUCGAGUAAAAGUGUCCCGACAAAUUUACAAUUGUGCGGCUGUUACAUGAGCGAUUUCGAGGGCAUCGGUAGUAAAAACGCGUCUAAAGUUAAUCAGUUUUUGAAUUUAUCGUCGAUCGUCGAUCAAGAAAGUAAGAGUUUUCGAGAUAGUUUGCAGCAAGCCACCAAAAGUCCCGAUAAAAGCUUUGUUGGGCCUAGAAAAUUGAAAUUGGAUAAGACUUUGACUAAGUAUAAAAUGCAUAAAAGUUUACCGGUGAGUCCUGUGAGCGAGGAGAGACAGUUUGCUGACUUUGUUGAGCAAGAUAGCGGGCAAAGGCAAAGUUUUAGCUAUUUUUUGGAUCUUGAAUCUAAAUCGACUGAUGAAGGCUUCAAACAAGUUUGCAGCGACAUUGAAAAGUUUAGUCAAGAUUUCAGUCAAAAGUACGAUCAAAUUGAAAAAAGUUUUGCUGACAAAAAUAUGGAGUUAGUGAGCAAAGACCCUAAUGGUGACGACGAAGAGUCUAAUUUUAGCUCUGACUCUUUGGAGGAUUAUAAUUUCUUUUCGUACACUACCAAGAAAAGUAAGAAAACUGUGCCACCUAGGAGAUGUGUGUCAAAUAAUGAGAUUUAUAAGUACCAGGAAGAAUAUAUUGAAGAAAUCCCUAAAAGUGAAUCCUUCUACCUGAACCAAAACUACUCGAUACAGGGUAGCCAAGAAAGCAUACUUUCUGACGAAAACAAUUUGGAUUACGAUUAUUGUCCAAGCCGUGCCAAAAGUUACUGUAAUAGUUUAGAGAGUGUCCUGUCAAAUGAGAGCGAUUGUAAAAGUGCCCCACUGGAAGUUUUGUUUGAAGACAAAAAACGACAGACCAAAUACCUCGUGCCGCACUCUCAAAGCCUUCCCAAAAACAUAUCCUCGCAAUUUGAACUAUCAUCAAGUCUUCCUAAAAAUUUCCUAGAACAUUCUUAUAUUCACUCAAGUACAAAUAAUUCUGUAGCCAAGCGUAAUAUUUGCACCAAAUCUAAAACGUGUCAAACGCAAACUGAUUUUGAAACGCCUCAUGAAAUUGUUGCCAAAAAGUCAAGAGGCUCUGAAGAUUUUCAAAAGAAAUUGUUGAAGUUUGAGAGUAGUAUUGCGCAAGGAUCUAGCCAGCAACAACCAGUGGCAUUUUUUGUUGAAACCUCAAGUAAAGAAAAUGUCCCGAUAAAGCAACAAAAAUCGAAUGAAAUGUUUAUACCAAGUUUAGCUCAGAAAAAUAAACAAUAUAAAAGCAAAUUUUGCAACGUGCUUAACAACAAACCGGAUCAUAAUUUUGAUAUUUUUGAAGAAAGAGGGCGUAAUAGGAAUAAUAGUUUUACUUUGUCAACAAUUAAUUUUGAAAAAAAUACUAAAAGGAAUAAUGUACAAGAGACUUCAAGUUUGGAUCGCCAUCUAUUUGCCAAAGGUUUACUCAAUAAUAGUGAAAAAAUCACUCACAAGCCUCCGAAAGCCGUUAGAAGACACAGUUCGAAAACUAGAAAAGGCAAAACCACUUACGAGUAUAUUCGAAAGGAAGAUUUUUAUAAGACUGAUGGCUCAGGUGGUAAUUUUCUCAAUAAUCGCAAAAGAGAAUUAGUUUUAACUGGAGAAAACACUAUAGAGUUAUGCUUUAAAGAGAAACAUGUUGAUAUGGAUGUUGAGGCCGGUACAAGUCUUGCAAAAAGUAAUAUCAAAUUGGGAUUAAGUGGAGACAGCAACUACUUUGAAAAAACCGAUCAGCAAAAUACAAUUUUAACCGAGCUAUACGACAGUUUAGAUAAGAAAUCCCCUCCGUCCAGAAUGGAUUUAGAUUCUUUAGAUGUAAACUUGCAUAAUCCGCAUUGUACUUUAGACAAUGAAUCGAAUAAAAACCUAUUUGACAGUUUAGAAGUGAACGUGUGGACUAAAGCCACUUGCCUCAACAAAAACACACACAAGCAAGUCAAAAAAAGCCAACACUCGCCUCAAGACAAAAUCGCCGCCGCCCUACAAAACAUCAAAAUCCUAAACGAAAUACAACGAAAAAUCCACAAAAUCAACACUCUGGUCGACAUUUACAAGAAAAACGUUUCAAAAAGUAAAGUUAAAGCCUUGUCUUCAAUGUACGAAAGCAUGACAACGUCCCAAAGCUACUACAACGAUUUAACAAAACUGCAAGCCACCCCGAUGAAGUUUAGAAGAAGAAAUUUAAGUUUGCCUAGUUUUGUUGAAAGGAGGCUCAACUUUGUUUGCAAUCAUAAUUCGAAGAGCAACGAAGGUAAAAAGCCAGCGCCUCCAGCCAGAAUAACUCCUCGCUAUGUGAAAAACAACUCGAUGAUGCGCAGCAAAUCCAGCGUAAUGUUGAACCAGCAACAACAGUCCGACUCGGAAAACGACACUCAGGAAAAGAAAAUGUCGCGACUAAUGAGGCCGACAAUCAGUUCGCACAAUAAGGUCAGCCAAAAAACUUUGCAGCAGAGUAGGAAGAAACAAUCUUAUUCGACAAGUAAUCUUAAUCAAGUGGGCGUCGAUAACAUAUCAACUUCAGACGAUGAAGAAGCUCCAAAAAAACCUCAGGUACCUCCGAGAAUGAGUAGGCAACAUAGUUUCGAGAAUGGUCAAGGUACCAAGAAGUUUAUGAACAAUAAGGAGGCUAAACGAGUUUCCAAUCAACUUUGUGAAGAUGUCAGUAGACAGCUGGUCAUGUCGGCUGAUAACGUCGUACGGAUUUAUCAGAAGCUCAAGGAAAGUGAAGACACUGAGGACGCUCAGCCUGAAGCUUUGGAUUCCAUCAAAAUGUCACUUAUCAGAACGCAUAAGAUCGUCCACGAUUGCAUUUUCAACGAAUUCAAACAGAACAACGGCAAUUUGGACGUGAACCAAACCGACGCCAUCAAAAAACUCAACGACUUGGUAUCAAAAGGAGCCAGCGGUUCCGGUUCAGUCAUCGACCUUAUGCAGCAAUAUUCCGACAUCCUUUUGGACAUGAUGCAACAGAAAAUACAUUCAGCAAAUAUUUGAUACACGAACAAGAAUGGUAUUUAUUUUGAAUUGAUUUUGUGAGAAUAAUUAUUGACAACUGAUUUAUUGUUUAAUUUGUAUUGGAGCCAUUUAAAAGACUCGAGGCAAAAUACACUAUUCGUUUGUAUUAUAGUAGGGGAUUUUACUGCAAUAAUUGUAUUUUUCUUUAGUGCAAUAAUCAUAAUAUAAAAUAUUGCAGUGAAACUUUUAAUUGAAUGCAAAGAGAAAAUAAAUCUAAUAUACUGUGAUUUUUAACUACAUUUUAAUUAUCUUUUAAUAUUUAUAAUAAUAAUUUUUUUAAAUCUACUAAUUCAUAAGAAUUGUUAAAAUUUACUCGUAGUGCAACCGUUUUUUGGCUUUAAAUAAAAUGUUUGUAGUUAGUUUUAUAUGUUAAAUGUUAAAUAACCGGGCCAAAUUAGGUUUAGGAAAUAGAAAAACCUUAUACAGGGUGUAAAGCAAAAAUAUCAAGACAUCACGUGUUAAGUUUGGUCCUUUAAAAUGUAAUCUUAUGAAAAUAAUAUUUCAAUAGAAUUAACAGAAAAAUUUGCUAGCAAUAUAGAUAGGGAUCUGGAAUUGUAUGUAAAUUUUGUUCAAGCGAAAAUGUCAACAGAAAUAAUGGAAAAUUGACAAAUUUAAUAAUUAUCUAUUUACAACUAUAACAACAUUACAAGUUACUGAUAAAUUAUGACCUUUUUACACUGUUCCUGAUAUUUUCGUCAAAACAAAGUGACUGAAAUUUUGAGGAAUAUCAUAAUCUUCCAAUAAGAAUUGAAAUUUGAAAUGUAAGGAUUUGUUGUGUUUCCUAUUUUAUUGGUCUGGGUGAGAUUUAUUAUGUCAUUGCUAGUAGAAUUUCAAAAAGUUUUAAUAAACCAAAGUGAAUUUUUGAGGCACAUUUCAAUAUUCAUAAGCCAAACCUUUGUCUAAUAUGUACAGUGUUUUUUUAAAAUUAACAUAUUGUAAUUCGCUUUAUAUUUAGCCAAUUUUGUUUUUAACGUGUCAAUUUUACGAUAACAAUAUUUAUAGGCAGAUUACAACACACACAUAUAAAAUAUAUUUGUUAUUUAUAUCUGUAACCCUUUCAGACUGUAAUAUGUAAUUUCGUAAGCGGUAAUUUCAAUAAUAAUAAAGUUGUAUUAAUGAUUUUUUUGUUGUAUUAAUCUAUAUUACUAAUCAUUUUGGUAACACUAAGAACAAAACUUAAAUGAUAACAUAAAUACAAUUACAAAUAAAUUUCUUUUGCGUCACUCAACUCACCUGAACGUUGGUGCACAUCUACAGCACAAACGGCAAAGUAAAACUUCUUUUCGGUUUGAAAUUGUGACAGAUUGCAAGCCAUUGGUAAUGGUAGAGACUGGACAACGCUUACUUUUUUCCACAUCCUCCAAGGCAAAGGAUUUGGCGCUUGACAAGCCCAAAUUUGAUAGCUUCCAAUAGUUUCGAACGAGUCUAAUUUGUAGGGCAUUUCCCAUUGCAAUACUACGCCCAUGUCGAGUUUUCUUAAUGUGAUAAUUGGCUUGGGCAAGGGAAAUUUUAAUGGUUGAGUUGGUGCUAUUGUCGGUUUUCGUGCACGAA